CGCCGAAACUUUCAGUAGUUGUCUAGCAACAGUCGAGAUCAAAACAAGAUGGCAUCGAAAUCGUUCUACAUUUGUGGAUUGGUUCUGCUCAGCCUUGCUGUGGCGGCCAUGUCCAGCGAAGAAAUACUUCUAGGAGGGAUUCGCGAGUUGGAGGGCAAUGAUAGGAAGAAUGCCAUAGAACUCCUGAACACCUGCCUUGGCCAGUUGGCCUCCGGAGAUGGCCCCAGCUACACGGCAGUUAAGGUGACCUCUGUGACGGGUCAGGUUGUGUCUGGAACCCUCAACACGUUCGAGGUGGAACUCGACAAUGGAUCAGAGAAGAAGCAGUGCAACGCCAAAAUUUGGACCCGGCCCUGGCUGAAGGAGAACAGCACCAACAUCAAGAUCAAGUGCACCGGCGAAGAUGAUGAGCUCGACCGCACUUGGUAAAACGUUUUUACCUAAAACAAAAGCACACAAUACAUAAUUUUACAUUUUGUUUUGGAAUUUUAAAAUAAACAUAUAAUUCUAAACAAUUUAA